CCACUUAAUUACACACCAUCACCUAGCACACUCCUUCUAACAAACAAGCAUACAUUGCACAUCAAGUCGAUGUGCUCGCAUUCGACCAGGUGAAGAGAGGUGGAAAAGGUAGAAUCACCCAGCACUGAGCGAACACAAACGAUCUUCGACACCACGUAUGUCCUCGACGCGAUUGACAUUACACCACAAUCCUAUUACCUUUGUUCACUAAACAACAAGAACGUCGACAAUGACAACUCGAAGUACGAGAAGCGCCCUGAGCGCCAAAGAACGAAUGACAGAUGGUGACGUCUAUGUGUUCUUGUUGCAAAAUGCUGUCUUAUCAUGGACUAUACAGUCCAAACUUGCAAACAAAGAAGCCUCAAAUUCGGCAAACAACUCACAAAACGCAUCGAUUGGCAAAAAGGGUGGAGGUGAAGCAUCAGCGAGUGCGGCACAAUCUAACGCUACCAGUACAUCACGAGGAGAUUGGAUGAGCUUAGGCGGUCUGGCAGACAUGGUACGGGAUGUAUCUGGGAGCAACAAAAGCGUGCGAUUUCCAGAAAAGUUCCUGAAACGAAUGGGUGAGAGGCUUGAGCAAAUUGCGAUGGGAAGAGAUCCCAAUUAUCGCGAUCAAAGCUUAAGGCGCACGAUUGGUGUGUUCUAUGGGACUUUCAAAGAAGCAAGCUUUCAGAAGCAAUUGAAGGAGAAUCGAAAAGUGGAAGAUUUGAUUUUGAACUUUGUUACCAGUGCGCAAAGCACUUUGAGUAGAACGAUGGAUGGAGAUGCAUGGAAGGAAGAAUUGGACAAGCAAGUUGGGAUCUUUGUACGGAUAAUACGUGAUUGUUUACGAUCCAUUCAUGGCGUAUCAAGAGAAUUACUGGAUAGAUUAGAUGGCUAUUCCAACAAGCUGGCACCUGGUCCAACGUCUCUCAGUCAACAACAAAGCCAAAGUCCUUCCAACAAUGGAGCUACUGGUCCUACAACCCCUAAUGUACAAGAGGAUAACAGAAGAGGAAGUACAGCAAGUUCACUUCACGCGAAUGCAACGUCCAAUUCGGCCACAAAUGGGAGCGUGAUCAAUGACAGUGUGUUGAUUCGUACUGUUGGCAUUCUGUUCAAAGUUGAUCAAGAGCAAUUAUUGCGUGAUGUAGAUUUUAUGCGCAAAACCUGCACAGAAAAGAAUGCAAUGAUCGAUCUCAAAAGGUGCGUGCAAAAUAUCAAUCUCCAAGCAGCAUGGCCAGGACGAAAAGAAGAUUUUGAGACAGAAGAAGGAUACCAGCAGUGGAGAAGCAAUGAAUUGCAAUCACUGUCGCAAACCAUGAUGGAAAUGUGUAAAGCCAAUCCAGAACUGCUCAAAAUCACUUCUUCUGAACCUAUUGGCGCCAAUGCUCCUUCUUCGCCCCCGGUUACAACAGAAGGUAAUACUCCCUCCAUCGAUGCAAGUGUUAGUCAAAGCGACACAGAGGAUUCCACCCUAGCUGGGGAUGCUGAAGAAGAGGCAUCGAUCAGCAGUCUCACAUUUGUUCCGCCCGAUCCCAAAGCGUACUAUCGUCGCGCACUAGAGAUGUGUAUCGAUUAUGAUCUCGAACAGAUCCGCAUUCAACCUGAAGAAGAAGAAGUUUCGCUCAGCAUCUUGUCACAAUCCCACAUUGACCUGUUAACUGAAUGUGCGCUUCGGUGGCGUAUUAUGCCGACAUUUCGAGCAACAAGCAAUCUUGACGUUAUAAAGUACAAGUAUGAUCGAGGUGAGGUACCACUAGACUGCAUAUCCGAAGCACUUUCAUCGAUCGAUCGAACGAUAGCAGAACGCAAUCUAACACUUUGGACCAAGUCGGAUCGAAGAUUGCUUUUCUCUUGCACAUGCUCCCUCUUCGAUUCGUGUAUUCGCUUUAUACAUGACGCUUUCCAAGAUCUACAGAAUAUCGAUGUUGAUGAAGUUCAGCCUUUCGUGUCAUUAGUAACGGAAUUACACGAUGCAGGCCUAGUGCGUACUGAUGCAGACCCAAGCGGUGAAGUGGUCGACUUGGACGGUUAUGCCGAAGAUUUGAAAGAUCGGAUACGAAUACUAGCCAUACACGAUUACACAGCCAAGACGACAGACAUUUUCAGUCAGAGGAUUGAUAAUGAGGUAGCACCUUUGCUGGAUUUGUUGGAUUGGAUAGAAAAAGGAGCCAAAAAGAUGGACAAAAAGUAUCCCGAUCCUAUUCUCGGACGAAUUGAUCCCGUUUCGCUCAUCUUGGAGAAACAGGCAAGUCUUUUCUUGGACGAUCUGGAAUCUAUGAAACAUCAGAUUGUGGAACAUGCUCGUCGUGAUAGAGAUUCAUUGCCUUUCGAUGACGUCUUUCGCCUUUAUGAUAGGACAGGAGAUCUUCUUCGCAUGCAUUCGGCCUUUUGUCCCGAACAAAAACUCAACUUCAAUCGUUCAGAUUGGUUUGAGCCUCACAUUCAACACUGGUUGAUGCUCACUGAGAAGAAAACUGCUGAAUGGGUGAAUAAUGCCUUGUCCUCCGACUCAUUUAUACCUAUCGAUAGCGAAGGAGCGGUUCAUUCAAGCUCGAUUGAUGAUCUAUUCGGUGCUUUGCAGCAACCUUUGGAUUUCAUCCUUUCACUUCAAUGGCCUGAUGCAUAUCAAAAUGCUCGCUUUUUGACCAGCAUGGCACGUACGAUCAGCAGAAGUAUUGAACAGUAUUGUGCAAAAGUAGAAGAGAUGUUUAUGGAAGAAAUGUUCCCUCGAACAAGCGAUGGUCAAGAAAAGCAAAGUGCAUGGAUGGUAAAAGCGAAGCAAACAUUACAAGGAGAGAAAAAGGUGGAACCGUUUCACUUCCAAACCAGUACAUGUGUAAAGCUGAACAAUGUCGAAGCUGCACGAAUUUUGUUGGACAAGAUCUACAAUAAGGUCGACGCUGAUACCCAAGCACGCAUUAUAGGACAAAAUGCACCUAAAGUGCCUGAUAAGAGGCAAAAACAAAGGUACAUCUUUACCGUCAAGGUGGUCUUGGGUGAGAAUCUGCAGCCGGUCAAGGACAGUUCGGCAAAUGCACGCAUUGAUUCAUUCGUUACUUUGUCAGAUGAACGUGGAGCAAAGAUUGCGAAAACAAGAACAAUCUAUGAAACGCCGGAUCCCAGAUGGGAUGAAACAUUUGACAUUCCUGUCGAGGGUAAUCUAUGGCUAGCCGCUACUGUUUGGGACAGAAAGCUGGUUGGUGAUCACAAUCUGUGCGGGCGUGCAUACCUCCGAUUGGACCCAAGGUAUUUCAAUGACUUCUUAAAUCAUGAAUUGUGGCUCAACCUUGAUACACAAGGACGUCUCUUGAUGCGCGUAAGCAUGGAAGGCGAAAAGGAUGAUAUUCUUUUCUACUUUGGACGUGCAUUCCGAUCUCUGAAACGUGCCGAAAGCGAUAUGAUCCGUAUCAUUGUGGAUAAGAUGUCUGUCUUCAUUCGACAAUGUCUAUCACGCUCUGUACUUAAAUCUUUGGUGAAAACGAGCGGUAUCAAUCUUGACAAAGCCUUGGGUAACGUAAAGGCUUUAUACGCCCAAGCACUAGCAAGUACCAAUGUGAAUGCGUCCAUGAUUCCGCCAAUCGAGUCAGAAAUGCCAAAGAAGCAAAGACCUCAACAAUUGACGGAUCACGAGAUUGAAGCAGCUAUUUCGCCGCUAUUUGAUUAUUUGGAGGAGUGUCUAGGUACUCUCAAGAGCAGCUUGAGCGAUGACGAGUCUCUGUUGGUUCUCACAAAGGUUUGGAAAGAGGUAUUGAAUACGAUCGAAUGCAUUCUUCUUCCGCCACUCUCGGACGGACCUUCAGAUAUGACACAAUUAUCCGGAAAGGAAGUCGAAGUGGUGUUCAAGUGGUUGAGUAUGUUGCGAAAUUACUUCAAUGCAUACGACGAUGAAUCAGGCAUCGCACAUGGAGUUCCAUUGGAAGUAUUGCAAGGACCGAAAUAUCGUGAAAUUGUGUCUUAUACCCUUUUUCACGACGCCCCCACAGAUGAUUUGAUGGAAUCCUGUGUGCGGGAAAUGCAAAAGAGAUUACGAAGGGCUCCAUCAAAACGUGUGAAGAACAAGAGUGUUUUGCAACAAAGAUCAUUGGGGACGAUUAAGAAGCGCAAAGCAGAUAAGAAAAAUGAAGAACAGAAUGCUGAUGACAACUUGGACGUGAUUCUUCGUCUUUUACGAAUGCGUCCGAAUACUACAGACUUCUUGCAACAACAAUUCUCUACUAUGGGACGCUUACAAGCUGCAAUGGGCACCAUGCCUCCUACGAAUAACAUGAAUGCAACUCAACAAUUUCCACAUCCACACAUGCACGCACAAGCAUCUCCUUUGCAUCCGCAAAUGGCCAACAUUCCACCUUCUUAUCCUCAACAACCUGCCCGUGGUAUAGCCCCACCUCCUUCCUAUAACACGCCAAAUAACACACGACCUUCGCUCAAUCAAAGGUUGAGUAAAACACUUCAGCAAUCCACUUUGGACAACCGGGCAACACCGCCUGCUUCGCCGAUGCGGGAAUCCAGACAAUUCUAUCAAUGA